AUGCCCCAGUGCGCAUUCUUUUGCGGCCGCACCCCGGGCUGCACCGGUUAUAACAUAGAGAACACCGCGGCAACCCAUAAACACUGUGAGUUGAGCGCCUACGCAGACACUGAAGUCAACGCUACAAUUUACUACGAUAACAACUAUGACUUCUAUGCGAAAGUAAACAGCGGACUAUGCCCUGCAGACUUCGUGGAAUUCCGUGGAAAUUGUUACUACACUGAGACACUCAACACGAAGCCUUGGCAAGAGGCACGUGACCACUGCAUCAGCAUAGGAGCCGACCUCGUCAGUCUGGAAUCACCGGGAGAAAUCGAUUUCUUGACGGCUCAUUUCCCAACAUACUGGUGGACCGGUGGCAACGACAUCGCAGUGGAGACUCAAUGGGUGUGGGCUGCUACAGGAAGACAGGUAGACGAGUGUCACCCACUACCGUGGGCUCAAACACCCGGUGUUGCAGAAGAAAACGAUCACGUAUUGUGUAAUGGUAAGAUGAUGCAUGAAAGUAAUGGUAGGAGAUCUCCGGCUAAUUACGCCUGUGAAUAUUCGCCAUGA